AUUCUAGUUCUGUUUUGAUCUGAUCUUUAUCCUCCUCUCCUUGGAUCCCUUUGUAUCUACUGGAGCCAGGUUACUCUCUGGGUCCUGAACCUAACUGUCUCAUUCUGGAGGCUUCCAGACAGCCACGGUUAGUGUCCAAACCUGAGAGGAUGACUUCAGAUGGAGCAUCUCCAUUGCCUGGACCAGAUAUGGCCAUGAAACCUGGUGUUGCUCUGUCUCCUUUUAGUGCACUUCCCUUUCCCUCACCUGUUCCUGGCCCACCAGACCCACCACCCUGGGAGUUACCUCCACAGCCCCCCAUGCCUUCAGCUUUCUCUCCAGGCAAUCCUCUGAUGCUCUCUGCUUUCCCCAGCCCAUUGUUGGUCACAGAGGAUGGGGUCCCUGGCCACGGUGGGGCUGGAGCUGGCAAAAUCAUUGUCAAAGUCAAGACAGAAGGGGGGCCAGCUGAGUCCUCUCAAACUCAGAACUUUAUCCUUACUCAGACCGCUCUCAAUUGGAUUGCCUCAGGUGCUCCCUGUGGGGGCCCCGAAGGUCCCACCCCUCGAUUUGUGACAGCCUCUAACAUGAAGACCCUUUUGCCUGCUAAGGCUGUUGGGGUGAUCCAGGAGGGCCUCCCAGGCCUUCCUGCUCAGGCUACGCCACCAACUUCCCAACUGGCCCCCAUUGUGUCCCCAGAAAAGGCUUGGCCAGGGCCGCAUGGGGCAAGCGGAGGAGGUCUGGCAGCCGCGCAGUCCAAGCCCUCACUGGGUGACCUCUCCUAUACCUCCAAGGGUGUUUAUGAGAACUUCCGUCGCUGGCAGCGCUACAAACCCUUGGCCCGGAGGCACUUAUCCCAGAGUCCUGAUACAGAAGCUCUUUCUUGCUUUCUUAUCCCAGUGCUUCGUACCCUGGCCCGGCUGAAGCCCACCAUGACCUUGGAAGAGGGACUGCCCAGGGCCGUGCAGGAGUGGGGGCGCACCAGCAACUUUGACCGGAUGAUCUUUUAUGAGAUGGCAGAAAAGUUCAUGGAGUUUGAGGCCGAGGAGGAGAUGCAGAUUCAGAACACACAGCUAAUGAAUGGGUCCCAGGCCCUGCCUCCUGCAGCCCCUCUGAAACUUGAUGCUCCAGGGCCCCUGGCCCCUGAGGUUUGUCAGCAGCCAGUGUACAUUCCCAAGAAGGCAGCCUCCAAGGCACGGGCCCCCCGCCGGCGGCAGCGCAAAACCCAGAGGCCUCCAGUUCCUGAGGCACCCAAGGAGAUCCCACCAGAAGCUGUGAAAGAGUAUGCUGACAUCAUGGAAGGGCUGGUGGGGAGUCACUUGGCCACUGGGGAGUCAGAUGGAAGACAGGAAGAGGAAGGAGAACAGCAGCAGCAGGAGGAAGGGAUGUAUCCAGAUCCAGGUCUCCUGAGCUACAUCGAUGAGCUGUGUUCUCAGGAGGUCUUUGUCUCCAAGGUGGAGGCUGUCAUUCACCCUCGAUUUCUGGCAGAUCUGUUGUCCCCAGAACAACAGAGGGAUCCCUUGGCCUUAAUUGAGGAGCUAGAGCAAGAAGAAAGACUUAGUCUUGCCCAGCUGGUCCAAAAGCGACUCCUAGCCUUGGAGGAGGAAGAGGAUGCAGAGGCACCUGCAAGUUGCAGUGGAGUUCAGUCAGACUCAAGUCCUUCUGUUUCUGAUGAGGAUGAAGAAGGGGGUGGGCGACUUCGUCCCUCACCCGGGAUUCGGGUGGCUGGGUGCCCCAUUCGCCUAGGAAAGGCUGCUCCUCCAGGAAAGCGAGCAAGAGAAGUGCAUGGUGGGCAGGAACGGGCCCUAAAUGGCCCGAGGGAGAAGCACAGGGAUGGGAACACCCUGCCAUCCCCCAGUACCUGGGACCUGCAGCUAGAACUUGCAGCCCCACAGGGUAGUCAAGGGUCCAUAGGUAUGGAGAGAAGAGGGCCUGGGAAGAUUACAAACCAGAUAUCCCCACAUCAGGAUGACUACCUGGGAGGUGCUGGGUCCCCCACUGCGCACUCCCUGGUGGCUGACAGGAAUUCUGAGAUUCUGCCCCUUUGCUGGCAGGAAGGCCCCCAGCUUGAGAUUGUUCCCAGUUUGGAUGUUGGCCUCACAGAGCCAGCUCCUCUGCAAGGACAGGCAUUAGAAAAGCAGGUCCUGGGGUUGCAGACAGGACAAGAGAUAACAGGUCUUGGAGCACUGCCUCAAGGAAAGGAGCUGUUUGCCGUGCCCCAGGAAGGCUCUUUAGGAGUCAUGUGGAGAGAUGACAGAGGUCCUCCCAUGGUUCAAAGUUAUGAGCAGAGCCCUUCCCUUAGAGUAGCUGGGGACACGGACGGGGCCUCUCUUAGUCCAGGACUUUGGCUUGGCAGUGAGAUGGAUGCCGUAGACUUGGAGUUGCCUUUACAAAUCGAGGAGGUCAUAGAGAACUUCCAUGAUGGGGAAUGUGUACCUGAGGACCAGGGAGGCUGCCAGGCACUGAGCUCCGGAGGCGACAUUUCUCUGGGUCCUGGAGAAACCACAGCACCUGGGGGUGAGGGGAGCAGUCCAAAUCCCUGUGGAGGCACAGAUGCCACUGCUGCCCUAGAAAAGAGAAACUAUAGCCCAGCCUUGAGGCCUAAAGAAAAUAGAGAACAGAGCCCUGAGGCUAUACAGGAUCCUGGUGAUCUGUGGGCUGACAGUUGCCCCCCGUUGCUGGAAAGCAGUAUUGGUGCCUCCACAAUGGUUUCCAAAGAAACCCUCCUGCCUGCAUGUCAAGACAAUAUUCUUAUCCUGGGGACCCAGGAUGUCUCUUUUCCUGAGGCCAGUCAAGAAGCAGUGAGCAGAGGCAAUUCCAUUUCUCCCCUGUUAGAAACCACAGAUCCCAGCAACAUACUAGAUAUUAGAGAUGCCUAUGGCCUCCCGCUAGGGGUCAGGGAGGAUACUUGCCCAACAGAUUUUAAUUCUUAUGACCUCCAAGGAGAGAGCAGGGAGGAUACUGAUUUAUCCAAGCCUAAAGACCUUGCUCCCUUACUGGGGAAUCAAGAGUCUUAUGCACAAGAGACCCCCAAAUCAACAUCUCCUCAGGGCCUCGGAAGCACUUCCCCUCGAUGGGGAACCAAGGAUGCCUUAGCUCUGAAGGAAGCCUCUCCGUUAGUGAAGGGUGUGUAAGGAGAGGAGGAGGAGGAGGAGGGGGAGGAAGAUGAGGAACUCUCCAGUUUUGCCUACCUCUUGGCCUCUAAACUGAGUCUAUCGCCCAAAGGGCCUCCUCUCAGUCCUCACCCUGCCUCAGGCCUGUCCUCCAAAGGUCGGGGGGUCCGGAAAGCAUCCCACUCCCUCUCUGCUGAGGCAAGAAGCCUUGGCCAACCUCCACACCCUGUUGCUAAGUCUGGGAAGCGAGCUCUAGUUGGAGGUCCAGUCCCUGAUGAAAAAAGGUCCUACCUGGGAGCUGAACUUGGGGUCUCUGGGGAAAAACCCCUGGUUCUGGAAAUGGUUCGACCCUCACAGCCGCGUAAAAGAAGGCGUGACAGUUUUGUCACGGGCAGAAGGAAGAAACGUCGUCGUAGCCAGUAGGGAGCAGCAGGACCAUCCUAUCCCUCCUGCCAGUCUCUGAAGCUGCCCACCUCCACCCCCCAGUAGAUUUCACUAGACUUGUUCUCAGCCCUGUUUUGUGGUUCUGCAAAAAUGAGUGUGGGGAGAGAGGUCACACCAGCUAGGCUGGCGGUCAUGCCCUGGGUGGAAGGUGAGGGGGAAGUACCAUUAUUGGAAGGAGUUGUAUGGAUAAAAAAAUAAAUAUUUUUUUGUUGUUGGAAAAUAUUCUUAAUGUGCUUGUUUGUACUCAUGUCUUUUGCUUCUAGAUGGGGUAAGAUGCUGUAAAGAUAGGGUGGCCUUGGAUUAUACAGAUUGACACCUUUCCAGCCUUUAGCCUUCCUUAGGCUCCCUGAUAAGUCCCACCUCUGAGAAGUCCCCAGUGAACACUUCUUUCCUCCUCUUAUCAAAGGCCUGGUCUUAGGUACUGGGAGGGGCGAUUGUGGACAGCCUGUCAUGUCGCUGUUUAAAAGUCUAUAAUGGAAAGACACUUUUUUUUUUACCUGUCAGAUCUCUGGGAUAGGUCUCUAAUUUUCUAAAUUUAAUUUUCCAUAAUUGUGUCUAGACAGAGCACCUUUCUUCAAGAGGGCCUUGUUUUCUUCUUUGGAAAGGAGCUGGACAGAAAGGACUCAAGUGUCCCCAACUCAUCCCAUGGCAGGAAAACCUUCCUGUGUAGUUGGUUGGACUCGCAGAGGAGGCAUCAAUUUCGGUAGGAUUAUUAAAUAUGGAAUGGUUAAUUAGCUAUUUUUUAAUCUCUAAUGAGGACAGAACAAGAGGGAAUAGGUUGAAAAGAGGUUCAUGAGGAACACCUGUUGAAGUGUGCAUAUAUAUAUAGGGCAUGACACGAGGAAAAGAUAUGAGGGUUGCAUGAUUUCUGUGCAGGAAAGUGCCCUGUCCAACUGCGAG